AUGAAGGAUUUCGGUGGAUGUCGUCAAAUGUUUGACAAGAACCGUCAUGAAAAAGGAAAUAAAACUCCAAGCAUUUCCAUGGUGAAGACGGAUUUUGUUGAAGAGCAAACUGACGAUCGGAGAGAUCCAGAAUCUUCCAGAAUGGAUCAUGAAGAUGCUGAAGAACAAACAGGAUCGAUCUGCUCCUUCUCUGACGUGAUCUUUAUUUCAGACCAGAUCGAGAUGAAUGAGCAAAAACAAGACCUGCAUGGUGAGGAUGAGAAACGUAACUUCGAGACUCAAGGAACAAAGACAAAACGUCCGCACAUCUGUCCUCUGUGUGGAACGAGCUUCAGAAAAAAAGUGAAACUUGACAUGCACAUAGAGACUCACGUUGGAGAGAAACUGUACGUCUGCACUGAAUGUGGAAAGAGUUUUUCAUGGCUCGACAGUUAUAAACUGCACCAGGAAACGCAUAAAGAAAAGAGAGAUCAUGAGUGUUUGGAGUGCGGGAAGAGCUUCACUAAAGCUCGACAUCUGAAACGGCACCGACGAAUUCACGCUGGAGAAAAACUGUACAAGUGCUCAUAUUGUGACAAGAGUUUCAGUGAUUCGUUGAAGAUGAAGUCACAUGAGCGAAUUCACACUGGAGAGAGGCCUUACUACUGUACUCAGUGUGGAAAGAGCUUCAGAAAAAAUAGCAAGCUUACUAAUCAUCUAAAUGUUCACUCUGGAGAGAAACCGUUAACCUGCACUCAGUGUGGUCAUGCUUUUACCUCAGCAUCAAAGCUUAAACAACACAUGAUAGUUCACUCAGAUGAGAAGCCUUAUGCAUGUUUGUUCUGUGAAAAGAGAUUUCCACGUCGUGGUGAUUGUAAUAGGCACCAGAAAACACACAGUGACAAGAGAGAUCAUGUGUGUUUAGAGUGCGGGAAGAGCUUUAUUACAGCUGGUCAUCUGAAUCAGCACCAACGAAUUCACACUGGAGAAAAACCGUACAAGUGCUCAUAUUGUGACAAGAGUUUCAGUCAAUCUUCAGCAAUAAAAUCACACGAGCGAAUUCACACUGGAGAGAGGCCGUUUACCUGCACUCAGUGUGGUCAUGGUUUUAUGUCCGCAUCAAGUCUAAAACAACACAUGAUAGUUCACUCAGAUAAGAAGCCUUAUGCAUGUUCGUUCUGUGAAAAGAGAUUUUCACGUCAUGCUGUUUGUAAUAGGCACCAGAAAACACACAGUGACAAGAGAGAUCAUGUGUGUUUAGAGUGCGGGAAGAGCUUUACUACUGCUGGCAAUGUGAAACGGCACCAACGAAUUCACACUGGAGAAAAAACGUACAAGUGCUCAUAUUGUGACAAGAGUUUCAGUCAAUCUUCAACAAUGAAAUCACACGAGCGAAUUCACACUGGAGAAAAACCGUACAAGUGCUCAUAUUGUGACAAGAGUUUCAGUCAAUCUUCAACAAUGAAAUCACAUGAGCAAAUUCACACUGGAGAGAAGCCUUACUACUGUCCUCCAUGUCAGAAGAGUUUUCGAUUCUUAUCAAAUCUUCUCAGACACAUGAAGAUAUGCAAGUCGUCACGGUGA